AGAAACACUCUAGUCCACUACAGCUGCAUCUCUUCGCGACCAUGUUUGUCCCCAAAGGAAUGAGGAGGGCCAGAAAGGCCCAAAGAGCCCAUGCAGAAGCACAAGUUCGUGAAGAAAAGAAAGCUCAAGUUGGAAUUCCUCCCCGUAAAGACGUGGACGUUGCCCGUAGACUUACGCUGAAGGAGGCUGGACUGUACCACCUGGUCCUCGAGACGGGGAGGUACAUGGUUUUCGUCUUGUUGGUGCUUGGGAUAGCUCACACCAUGGCCGUGCCCAACGCAUAUCACCUCAGUAACAACGUGGAAAAUACGUUCCUGUCUAAACUGGACAAGAUUAACGUCAGUGUCGAUGUGUAUGAUUGGAUGGAGAAUGAGCUGCUCCCGAAGUUGUCCGCGGACGGAUACUCUGCCGACGGCCAGUCCAUACUUGUUGGAUCAGUGAGACUGCGCCAAGUCCGAGUUCCGUUAUAUACAUGCGCGUUUCACGGCGGAAGGAUCUCCAGCGCCAGGCUGCUGUCCAUGUACUUCGACCUGUGCGCGGAGGACUACACGCGGGGUGGUGCGGCCAGAGGUCACUACCGGCCUGGAUGGGCGAAACUGUCGAACAUGACCGGUCUACCCAACAUGUCAAGCCCCUGGAUUUACAGGCAAACAGACAGUAUUUGGUCCCUAUCGCACUACGACAGCGGUGGAUACGUGGCGGAUAUAGAUCCCAGAUCACCCAAACAUAACGAACAUUUGAGUGAGCUGCGCAACAUGAGCUGGAUCGACAGACAGACGAGGGCAAUUUUUGUGGAUUUCACUCUGUACAAUGCUAACGUGGAUUUGUUCUGUGUGAUUUCCAUACUUGUAGAAACCCCAGCUACUGGAAGAGCGAGAGCCCAGUUCGACCUACCAGUUUUACGCCUCCACCUUUACAACCAAACCACCGACACUGUGCUCUUGGUUUUCCUGAUUGGCUACGUCGCCUUUCUGGCUUACUUCAUCUAUUACGCUGCACAUGGUAUCCUCAAAGAUAGAAUGAAAUAUCUCAAAGAUGUAUGGAAGGUUCUGGACCUGAUAAUUGUAACUUUGUCUCUGAUAGCAGUCGCCGCUUUUGGUGCACUGAUGAUGUUGAUCGAAACUACCCUAAAAAACUAUCGCGAAAACAGCACCUCGUUUCUAAACAUCGCUCCCGUCGUCCUAGUUGACAGAACACUGCUGAGCGUGGUUUCUAUCUUGGCCUUCAUUGGCUGUUGCCGAUGUUGUAAAUUACUGAGGGGAAACAACAGUCUCUCUUUGAUGCGGAGUACUUUCGGCCAUGUGAUAAAGCCUAUGUUCUCGCAUGGAGUCGUCAUUGUGAUCGUCAUGCUUGCCUAUGGCAUGAUGGGUAAUAUCUCUUUCGGCUGUGACGUAGAGUCCUACUCCACCAUCUACAACGCACUCCUGACUGUAACAAACUUUGUGAUUGGUUCGUACCAACUGGACGAUUACGUCAUGUUUCCAACUUUGGGGACGAUGUUUUUCAUCAGUUUCAUUCUUUCCAUGAAUUUCGUUCUCUUGAAUUUCUUCGCGACUAUCAUGAUGGACGUGUUUUUCGUUGAGAAGGAGACUUUUGAGACCCCAGAAGAUAGAGAAAUUGUGACGUACACUAUAAACAGGGUCCUGGCCCGCCUGUUAGGUUGGAGGGGUCACAGGUCAUAG